AUGCAAAGCACAAGCGCAGCCCUUCCCCACAAUGGCGACAACAGUGGUAGCACCAGCAUCGGGGUGGUGACCGCUGGCCUACUGCUAGAAACGUCCCUCGGGUUCCUCACAAUCGACCUAUUUGGCGCGGACUGCUCUGCGCUGACGGGCAAUUUCUUGAACCUUUGCAGAGCUCAGCUGUGGAACGGCGCGGUGGCGACGGAGGUGGUGCCGGAGGUGGCGGUGUUCUUUUCCCUUGGUGCAGACCCGGUUUACAAGGAGCUGCUUGAAAAAAUGGUGCUCGCGCAUUCAGCGAGCGCAGCGGCGUCGCCUGGCCCGGGCCCGCUGAACUUCUGGACUCUGCUUCCCAGGAAGGGCCGUGCCGAGGGCGAUGCGUUGCCGACGGCGUCCACUGUCACUGCGUCCCUGCAAAGUCGGGCUGCUGUCUCUGCCCCUUCAACUACCGACCCCGUCGAGCAGCAAGCGACUGCAGUGCGGCAGGCGAUGCAGCAGGAGACACGACUAUGCAAGCGGCGGCGCUGUGCUGGUCUGGCUCCGUCCAGGAGUGGUAGCAGCAGCGCCAAAGGCGACUAUCGCCCAGUGUACGUGCCCGUGUCUGGUAACACUGGGCUUCCUGUCGUUACCACUGCACCUGGUGUAAGUGCCUCGUCCAGCUCCACCUCACCUUGCACGGUAUGCCGUGCCGGAAGUUUGCUCAUCGACAUUUCAGCAUCUGCGCCGCGCUUCGGUCUCACGCUGUCUGACCGUACGAUGGACUUCCUCGACCGGCAGUACAUCGCGAUCGGCGUGGUGCGCGAAGGCGAGGCUGUACUGCGCCGGAUACGUCGUGCUCCUGUCCGCGACUGCCACGGAGGCAGCGCGUCAGCGACGGCUGGCGCCAGCCCUUUGGUGGCAGCUGACAUCGUGGCGGGUCGGCCGGCGGUGUCGUGGCCGAGGCCCGUGCGGAUACUGCGCGUGAGGCGGGCGACUGUGCUUCCCACAGCCGGCACUGAGAAGUACGUGCCAAUCCCUCCCUCGGCGUGGUGGGGAGUGCCAUCGACGAUGGGCAGCGCUGCCGCGAUGGAGCAGCAACGACAUCGCGCCGCAGCGGCCCUGCAUCAAGCUGGGUGCUUUGAAUGGUGGGCCUCGGCGGCGGCCGUGCGCGCUGCUCACCGUCAGCUAGUGGAGCUGGUGCAGGCCAGCCUUGCAGCGCACGGGUAUGCGGCCAUCACACGCCCUCGCAGCACUGCCGAUGCGUCCCUCUACUUGCAGCCGGCCGUCGCGCCAUUAGGAAGGCAUGCUGCGCAGCCAUUCAUUAUCGUCGCCCCUGCACCAGCGCAGACGAGUACCGAUGGUGAAUCCUCUGCAUCUCUCAGUGAGCUGGAGCUGCUGUGCAACCCACACUACACUGGUGACUACUUGAGCUCCGAGGACGACGACGUGGAGGGACUCCAUGACGGCGGCCAGCAACCUCGUGAUAGCGCUGUCGCAGCGCUCUCGGCGAAGCAGUUGGAGGAGCGCCGCAAGAGCUUCAUGCAACAGCACCAGGAGAAGGCCAACGAGACACUGUCGCUCAUGCUGAAUGUGCUGAAUGGCGUGGCCGACGUGCGGGGCGACAUCAAGCCUCCCGACAACGUCCUGUUUGUGUGUAAGCUGAACCCUGUGACAACAGGGGAGGGGCUCGCUCUGUGCUUCUCGCAGUUCGGUCGUGUUGCCUCUGCUGACGUCGUCUACGACGCAAAGACGAGACAAUCACUGUGCUACGGCUUCGUCGAGUUCGAGAGCGUUGCAGCGUGCUUUCGGGCCUUCCAGAAGAUGGAUCGGGCUCUCAUUGACGACUGUCGCAUCCAUGUCGACUUCUCCCAGUCCGUGUCCAAGCUGUGGGCGCAGCGGCAGCGUGAAAUGCGGAAGCGUGGCCGCGUUGCUUUGAAGUGA